AUGGCUCAGUGCGCUAGCAGGAGCCCAGCAAGGGAGAGGGCAGAAUCAGCAGCAGAACAGAUUUUAGGGCCAAGAUCGGAGUCGAAGCAUGAGCAGCAUCUACAUUUGGCUUUGCAGACCUUGCAUAAAUAUCAGCUAUAUGCUAAGUUCAGCAAGUGUGAGUUUUGGAUUUCUGAGGUCAGGUUUCUUGACCAUAUUGUCAGCAGAGAAGGCAUAGCGGUAGAACCAGCUAAGGUUUCAGCAGCGCUUGAUUGGGAACCGCCCACGACGGUAACUGAGAAUCGUAGCUUUUUGGGAUUGGUCGGAUAUUACAGGAAGUUCAUUCAGGACUUCUCGAAGAUUGUGAUGCCACUUACAUGCCUCACAAAGAAAGGUGUACAUUUUACUUGGAGCGUGGAGUGCCAUAAGGCCUUUGAUACCUUGAAGACUAAGUUGACUACGGUGUCAGUUCUCACUAUUCCAAGCAGUGAUAGGACAUUUGUUAUGUACAUGGACGUGUCGUUAGCAGGUUUGGGAGGUGUUUUGAUGCAGUCUCAGAGGGUAGUAGCAUACAUCUCACGGUAG